AUGUCGUUACGAAUAGACGAUUCGUCGAUGUUCACUUCAGCGUUGCAGUUGAAUUGUGGGAAAGCUGAAGAUGGUGUCGCCGAAGGCAAUGGCAGUGGGGAGACUACUAGAGUUGCUAGUUCCAGCUCAGGACCUUGUCGAUCCAGUAACUGUUUUCAGCCGACCACGAACGGCGGUACCCCAUCACCAGAGACGCCGUCAAAUACGUUCGAUAUUGAAGCACAGCAGAAGGCAUUUCAACGAUUUACUUCAAGUCUUGGCCUUGGAGGAUUUCGUUCCGCCUUCAACAUGAACGUCCUACCACCGUUUUUGGCCGCACUGCAACAGAAUCCAUUGGCGUUACAGCAACAAUUACUUGGUUUGUCCAAUGGAUUGAGCGGCGUAUCACCGGGACCGGAUGAAGAGGACGAGAUGGAGAAUAGUGCCACCACCGAACCGGAAGACUUGACGAUGAGCUUCCGCAAGGACGCAAAGUUAGAAGACCAUCAUGGGGAAGGCGGGACGUCACUCGGUGGUCCUUCAUGGUCUUAUGAAGAGCAGUUCAAACAGGAUAGCGCAGUAAAUUCAAUCGAAAUGCUUGAGUAUUCGUUUUUGAGCCUCCGAGGGCUUCAACUGUAG